CGAUUUGCAAUUUUGUAGUACUUUGCACCGCCGAUUAGACUGUUUUGUACAUUUAACCCACAUUUGUAAACCACAGAUGAGCAGAUAAGCAAAUAGUAUUGAAGCCUUUAAUGAACUCAAACAGAUUUUCCAUCACUGGGUUUUCGAUGUUCUCAAAACAAAACGACCUGAACAACCCACCUGGAAAAUCAACAACAACAUCUUCAAAUAAUGCCAGUCAUUCUAGAUCGAGUAGCGGAGAUAACGAUAGCGGUUUGAUUGCUUCUUUACCCAUUGCGACAUCCAGUAACGGGCAUUCCGGAAGCUCACAGGCUCAUGAUGAGUUGACAGUACGAGAGAUAUUAUCCUCGCUUUUUCCCCCAUUUAGGGAAACAGGCCCGGUCCUGUUAGCCCAGAUUGAUGCCCUGAUUCAGAAGGAGUUUGGAGGUAAACUGGAGAGGUUUCUGAAUAGUUUUCUGCUGCAAGCGAAGCCAGUGUUGCAGUGGAUUCGGGAUGACGCCAAGAAUGCUCUGUUGAACAGGGAGUGUUGUCCUGCUAUUUUGCCAGAAGGCUGGCCUCUCGUGUUUAACAAAGGCCUUGUUAUCAACCUGUUUGAAAUAUCCGAAUCCCAUCUUCAAUCCGGAGACUUUUACCUCAUUCUGGCGCGCGAUUCAGCCAAUCAGAAUCAAGCAACUCCGUUCAAUGAGAACCUCGACCUCUUCGUGAAGUUUUUCGCGAGAGGAGCUGUGCAUUCGUUUAAAGUUGCAGCGGAGAGCUUCGAGGAACUGUUCACUGAGGAGUUUAUGAGGGGAGUUCCAACUCAAAUGGGCCAAGAUGUUGUACUGCAGAACGUGCUUUGCUCAUCAAAUAGAGGUAUAAUCAACUACUCCUGGUCAGACGUUGUACUAAGCAAGACCACCAACACAUGUGAUGACGAAGAACCAGACUCACCCUCACUCCCAAGGAACUCAGCCGCUCUCUUCGGUCGAUCUCUGAGACGCUCAUCGCCAGCUCUGUCUUCCAGUCUGCCAGACUUGACUCUGUCAGCAAUCGAAAUUGACUUCCCAUCUGGUGCACAACAAUCACAAGCAAGCCACCCCUGUAGCGAUUUUCACCAAAGAACUCUCAGCAAUCUAAAUGCACAAAUGUCAUGCGAAGCAAGAGUAGAACAUCACGUCGAACCCAAAAUUAGCCGAAACCCAAUCACGCCCCUAAGAAGAUCAACGUCGAUGCGAAAAGCCGAAUCUCUUUCAAGGUCACUUGCCUCGAGUAGUUUGUUACAACAGCGAAGGUCGGCAACUCCUUCUUAUUUGAACUCGGACAGCUCGUGUAACAGUACCUUAACGUCGGCAGGGGGUCUCGUUGACAACUCCUCGUCAUUCGGGGGUUCCACGAGCUCAGUUGAACAAUCAGACGACAGUGCUCACGAUAUCCGAAGAUUGUCGAACGGUUCGACUGGUCAACUUCCAAUAAUGACCCGAAGUUCGAGUCGAAAAAAGCAAUUCACAGCCGAGUUUAGUAGUUCAACAAGCUCGUUGAGUGAUUCAAUGGCUAAUCAAGCUUUGGAUCUCAACUUCGAGUUGCUCGAUUGUGGCGCGUUGAAAUUAACAUGCGGUGAAGAUUCGCACAAAUCAAGAAUUGUAGAAGUUUUAGCCAACAAUCCAAUCUUAAACAUAACAGAAUCACAAGAAAUAGCCAGGCUUAUUUGUUAUUUCCAUAGUUGUUUGUCCCAAAGUGAGCAAGUUAGAGGCCUGUGUUUAAUAGUUGACGGACGAGUUACGAGGAAAAACUCCCUGGAGAAAGUAGCCGAGGCGUUCAGGAUGUCGGAGGAGCUUUCGGCAGGCGCCAUUGCGAGAAUCAUCAUCCUAUGUGGUAACUCAGGAAGCACUUUGUUUCACUCUAUCAAUUUCAGUCACGACCCGACAAUGGUUGAGUUUUUCAACAAAGCGGACGCUUUUUACAACGCGAUUCCGAAGCUGCAGUUGACGAGUACGUUUAACGGGAACCUUUCGAAUCAUCACGAGGAAUGGGUUCGCUUCAGAAUGAAGUUGGAACCCUAUGUAAGCAGCUGUGAAAUGGCCUUGACCCAAAUAGAAAGAUGCAAGAAAAUCUACAACCAACACUUCCUGCCAUCAAAAUUGAAAGAACUGAACCGAGUCUUGAAAGAACACCAAGCGAAUAUUGCGAAGCUGAGAAAUGAGCAAUAUUUAUGCAGCAAUAAUAACCAAAUAUUGGCGAGGCUUCGUGAAGAAGCUACAGCGAUUUCGGAGUUUCCUGACGCUUAUAACGCCGUUGAUUCCGCUGAACGUCUGCAAAUGAAACUGAAUUCAGAGUUUUGUGAGCUGGACGCUCAUUCAAAAAGUUACAUAACAGCCAUUGAAGCGGCGAUUGCGGCUAGACAGUUCACAGACGAGUAUAAAAAAAUACUAAGUUGGUUCCAGAAACGAGGCGAAGUUUUCUUGGAGGACAGUCUGCUGGGAGAAAAUUUACAGUCGUUAAUGAAUGCCGAAAAAGAGUUCGAUAGGUUUAAUUACCACGCUAUGAAGUAUUGCGAAAAGGCAGGGGAUAUAAUUGACGAAGCUUCCCAGUUGAAUAACCAAGACGUGAAAACAAAGUCAGACCAUUUGAAGAAUGUUGUUCAAUCGUUUGUGGCAAAAAUGGAUAAACGUAAAACACAAAUUGAAAACAUGCUCCAAAUUUACCAACAUAUUGACCGGGCAAUUGAAUGGGCUCUGAAUGGAAUGCAUUUUUUGGCUAAAAUGAACAUGGAUCGUGUGCAAACAGAAUCAGGAUGUCUAAAACUUCUGAAAAACAUGGAACGGUACCAAGCGAAAUAUCCGCAAAUUACGAAAGAAAUGUUUGAUCGCAUGGAAGCACUUAGUAAGGAGCUGGAAAAUGAUAAUUUACUUGAACAGUUACAGUUUGCUAGGAAGAAGUGCAAAGAUAUUGAUGAUUUAUUUUGUCGGCGGAAUCAUAGUAUCCAGAAAAGUUUGGAUAGUAUUCGUUGCGUGCCUGUGUACGUUGACAGAAUUCAUCAGAAUAAACGAGCGAGUUCGGCUUAUUGUCCACCAAUGAGACUCGACUUCGAAUCAUCAAGUGCUGCGGAAGAUACGGACGGGGAUCUCUUGGACUCCGAACCGAUGUUGCUCCGAGAUCCCCAACGUCGCGCAAGUUGCUUCCAAUUUCAAGGCUAUGAAAGCAUCGGAAACACGACAACAGAUACGGGUUCCGACUUGGACUCAAACCCGGGUACUCCUGUUGUACAGAGGAAAGUUCCGAGAGCUGCUGAAAGUUCAAGACAGUGUAAGGAGAAAGAUGAAGAAACGGAUCUUGAGGAAUUGAUUCCGAUUGAUGAAAUUGCCUUAAACGAUAAUCAGGAACAGGUAAUGGAUCAAAACUCAGGUUCGGACAGCGACAGUAGUGUAGUGACGAUGACGCAUAGACCUGGAGGUGCUGGAACAGUUGCUGGAAGGGUGAAGCGAAGGAAACAAAAUACUGUAUCUGCAGCGACUAGACAUAAACGAACACAAAGUCUUAUUCAAAUGGCAUCAGCGAACCCCAGUUCGGAGAAUCUGAGUAAAAGUGUGAGGCUUCCGAGGAAGCAGAUAUCAAGAAGUGGAUCACAAACGUCCAGGACCUCCUCGACGUUGACAGGAGGUCAUACCUCGAUCAGCACUCCUAUGGUUUCAUCAAUCAGUUCACUAGCCUCGAUUCAAAGCUCGCCACAAGAACACGAAACAACGUCCAAUACUUCUAUAACACAUAGUGAAGAAACUCCGCCUAAAAACUCCUCUAGUUGCUUUGGAGUGUCUCACGAAAUCGAAGAUGACGCCAGAAGCAUUCAAAUGGAGACAGAGCUUUUAGAGCAAACGAGAAAUGAGCUUUUAUCCACUUCGCCGAAGUCGUGGUCUAUAAAUAACCAAUCAGAAAUUGUGAAUCCACCACAAGGAAAGAAAAUAAUGAUAGAAAGUUCGAGUUCAAAAGUUCCCGAGUUUUCCACCCAUUUGAAGCACGUGAUCGCCGAAAUGAUUCAAAGUGAGCGGGAUUACAUCGCAAGUUUGGAUUACAUAAUCGUGAAUUACUGUCCCGAAGUUGAACGCUUAGACGUUCCGCAAGCGUUGAGAGGAAAAAGAAAUUUAGUUUUCGGGAACGUGGAAAAAUUCUACGAAUUUCAUGCACAUACAUUUCAAAAAGAACUGGAAUUGUAUGCAAACGAUCCUUUGGGAGUUGGCGCAGCCUUCGUGAAAUAUGAAUCUGAUUUCUACAUGUACGCACUGUAUAAUCAGAACAAGCCAAAGUGUGAUCAAAUUUUGGCCGAAUGCGGCAACUCGUUUUUUGCUCGCAAACAACUGCAAUUGAAUGACAGAAUGAAUUUAGCAAGUUAUCUGUUAAAACCGAUUCAAAGGUUGGCGAAAUAUGCAUUGUUGCUGCAAGAUUUAAUGAAGCAUUGCCCUAAAAGUCACCCACACGAGCAAACGCUGGAAUGUGCAAUCACUAUUGUGAAGUUUUUGCUGCGUCAUGGAAAUGAUUUACUGGCUUUGGAGUCCCUUAAAGACUGUGACUUAGAACUAAAAGAUUACGGAAGGCUUUUGAGGCAAGAGGAGUUCUUAGUCUACCAAGGACGCAAAAAGUUCAUGAGACAUAUCUUCUUGUUUGAAGAUUUGCUGCUGUUUAGUAAAACGAAAAAGUCGAGAAAAGGCCAUGAUUACUACCAGUAUAAGCACUCAUUGAAAAUGCAAGAUAUCGGUUUGACCCAAAACAUCGGAGAAAGCGGAUAUAAAUUUGAAAUUUGGUUCAGAAAACUCAAAGCGGGGGAAAAUUACACUAUCCAAGCCCCGACGUCUGAAAUCAAGAACUCAUGGGUCAAUGAAUUUACCAAGCUGCUCUGGGACCAAGCGAGGAAAAAACGGGAUCGAAGGUUCAAAGAAAUGGAAUCACUAGGAAUUGGUUACAAGCCAUUUAUUGACAUCAACCCGAAUGAAGAUCAAAUCAAUGACCGAAACGUGAACAACUUUUUGCUCAGCCGUGGGAGCAAAAUGAGAAACAGUAUCGCAGUUCCGACUGUUGAGUUCGUUAACAAUCAGAAUUCAAAGCGACCCCACUCGUUGAUUUCAAUGUCAAGUGGAUCAAGCGCGAGCACUUUGUCAUCUCAAAGCUCAGUUAUAGGGUCAUUGACCUUAGCAAAUUAUGACUCAUCGUCGCUUAACUCAACCCCGGAACACAGAAGAAACUCAGUGGCCAAUAUUAGUACCAAAAUGGGAGGUCAUAUGUAUAAUUCCCUAAUUUACCCGCCGGGAUAUUUACACAGCAUAUCGCAUCAGCCAACGACAAGCAGUCCGAUUAAAAUGGCAACCCUAGGGUUAGAAAGUCGACAGAUGUUGAAUGAAAUCAAAGAGGAGCCUACCAAUCAGCAUUUGACCUUGACUAAAAGUGUCUCUCAGAAUAUAGAUUUGAACCGUACUUUGUUGCCCAAUGAAGCAACUAUGUCACACGAAGAAUCAAACAUUGAACACACUUAAUUGAUGUAAUAAACAAAUAAUUUAACAGAUGUUGUACAAUGUUCGAGUAUUUAGAUUUUACUUUUUACAGCAGACGCUUAUUUUAAAGUUUGAAAAACAACGAUUGCACCAUUCAUUUCACAAGUAAGCUGGUUUUAGCCCGUAAAAUUUGAAUUCGUGAAAUUUGUGAAAUGAUAUACUUAAUUUAUUGUUUUCGUUUUGCAGCUUCUGUUAGUAAACAGUAACUUGUUGAAUUUUUUUUUUUAAUUUUUUAGAUAUGAUAAAGGCAACGUGUUUGUUUCGCUCUUACUUUUGUUUGUCUUUAGGGCCUGUACUCUGUAUAUCUGGU